AUGACACCAAAUUACGAUUCUUGGUCAAAGAAUGAGCUGAUCGCACGUCUCAGAGAGCUGGAGGCAAAAAAGCACGCCAAGUCAACUCAUUCACCAACUUCAUCUAAAAAACCAUUCCAUUUUUCAUCCCACCCGAAGCGCAAGAUCGCUAUUAAGUUCUGUUACUCGGGCUGGGAGUAUAAUGGAUUAGCAUAUCAAAAUGGUCCUACGCCUCUUCCAACUGUCGAGGAUGUCUUGUUUAAAGCCUUUGUAAAGGCAAGACUCGUCGAUGAAACUGGUGGCUUGGAUGGCUGUGGAUGGGAGAAAUGUGGAAGGACAGAUCGAGGAGUGAGUGCUGCUGGUCAGGUAGUUUCGUUAUGGCCUUCUACGAAACACGAGCUCCGCUACGUAUCCGUCCUAAACCGCUUGCUUCCCCCAACAAUCCGCGUCCUAGCAUGGUCUCCCAUUUCCCCCGAUUUUUCCGCUCGCUUCAACUGCAAACACAGACACUACAAAUACUUCUUCACCUCUAAUGGACUCGAUGUAUCCCUCAUGCAAUCAGCUGCAAACCGUCUCGUCGGUGAACAUGACUUCCGUAAUUUGUGCAAGCUUGAUCCGGGAAAGCAAAUCACCAACUUUCACCGCUGUGUCAUGCGCGCACAGAUCAACCCCCUCCGUCCAGAAUCUGAUGACGAUAACCAAGUAUACGUAUUCGAUCUUGUAGGAUCAGCUUUCCUAUACCAUCAAGUUCGACAUAUCAUGGCUGUCCUUUUCCUCGUCGGAACAGGAGUUGAACAACCGUCCAUUAUAUCAGCUCUUAUGAACGUCUCUCAUACAGAAUCGAAUUCAUUACCUGAGUCCGAGUUGCCGCUGGUGGAUCGUAAACCGGAGUAUCAAAUGGCAGACGCCCUCCCUCUCAUGCUUUGGGACUGUGCAUACGCAGAUUCAGACGUCACAUGGCAAACAGACGGCGAUGGUACAGAGAACGGUGCCGGUUCAGAUCUCUAUCGCCAACUUCAUUCUAUCCAUCAACGCUCCCUCAUCCAUACAGUCCUAGACGAGCACUUCUUUACUGCUGCCACUCGAUAUCAUUCUCCACCACCUCAAUACUUCCCUUUCAGUCGGACAGGACUAACAAUUCACACGCUCCCUCGAUCAACCUUGGGUCGAGAACCUGUCCUUGGUGUCCCACUCGGCGCGGGGAUGUACAAGCGCAGCGCAAAGUACACUCCUUUGUUGGAGAGGAAGAGACUUGAUCACGUCGAUGUGGCCAACGAACGAUGGCGAAUAGGCAGGGGGAGCAAGUAUAGCAAACAAAAGACGCCUGAUGAUGAAAUCGAAUGA